AUGAGGUUGACCCUGGAGAAUGAUCCAUGUGCAUGCUGGCGGGGCGACCCACGACCCGCGCAGAGGUCGUUUUCUUCUGAGAAAGUCACUCUUAAGGAUCGUUCUCUCCCCAACCCCAGCUGGAGCAAGGACAUAAGACUCCUCUUUGAUCACUUCAUGAAGAAAUGUGAAGAUGGCUCCUGGGAAUAUUUGCCAUUUUAUACUUCUAAAUCUUCUCACAAGAGUCAAGACUUGAAAACCAGGUGUCCUGCCCGUUUACCUCGUUCCCCUACAGAUUUGAACCUAAAAGAAGAGCAAAACUCCGAGGCCCGGCUCUUCACCAGAAGCUAUGAGGAGGGCCUGGGAUUUGAAUAUGCGAUGUUCUAUAAUGAUGCUGAGAAAAGAGUAGUUUGCUUGUUUCAAGGAGGUCCUUACCUGCAAGGAGUACCUGGAUAUCUUCAUGGAGGUGCCGCUGCCACCAUGAUUGAUGCUACUGCUGGUAUGUGUGCAAUUAUGGUUGGAGGAAUCGUCAUGACUGCCAACCUCAACAUCAAUUAUAAAAGAGCUAUCCCUCUUUGUUCUGUUGUUGUGCUCAAUAGCCAACUUGAUAAACUUGAAGGAAGGAAAGCAUUUCUAUCCUGUAAUGUUCAAAGUGUUGAUGGGAAGACCCUAUACAUAGAGGCAACAAGUUUAUUUGUAAAGCUGGACCCUAACAAAAGUUUGACAUAAAAGAGCUCCUGGUGAAUUCCACACCAAUCUGCGAAAGACUCUCCUCCAGAAUAAGCUAUCAUCCCGGGCCUGCUCCCCCACCACUGUUGAGUCCCCCAUCAGGAGAAUCCUGCUAAAACUGACCUUCUCCAGCUAACCUGGUACAACCCCAGGAGUUCUGUUUCUACCAUAGAAGCUUUUUAAUACAGAAACACUCCCUGCAAGAGUCUCAGCAAUUCUUUCUGUCUCCUUUGGAUAAUUCUCUGGUUCGCCUAAAAUUUGAAUAGACUCAAACUGGCACAAGUGUUAUAUCUGCCCCAUUGCAGACCAUAGUAAAAUUCAUAUUGAAACCACAAACUUGAAAAUGCUAGAAAAGAAAAGGAAGGAAUAAAUAUGAGUGUGUGUGGGGUGUGUGUGUAUGUACAC